GCUGGUUAUUUAACGGACACUUGACGCGAGCACGUUUCCGGUUUCUGGAGCUAAACGAAGUCAAACUGAUACUUUUAAACGAGUUAAUACGCAGUAUAAGAAUAUUUUUUAUAGUGUAUUUGUACUCGUAUUUUGUUAUAAGUUGUAGUUUUAUGUAGAAUAAUCUGUGUUUAAGAACUCCGGGAUUUUGUGUUGAACGACAGAUGAACCCGGAACAUCAACAAAGGUUCCGUUAAAGAACCUCCGACAUGUUCUCCGGUUCUCCCCCCAGGAACAGGCUCCUGUUUGCGGCUCUAAGUGUGCUCCUGACCCGCCUCUCCUGCUCCUCUCUCUCGGUGCCGGACGUCCCAAACAUCGCCGCGUUCUUCGGAACCAAGACCCGCUACGAGGACGUGAACCCGCACGUGCUGCGUGACGCGUUGUCCGUGAACACUUCCGUGUUGAGACCUCCGACCUCCGAGCGAUGCUCUCCGGUCCACAUCACCGCCGUCAUCCGGCACGGGAGCCGGUACCCGACCGUCAAGAACAUCCGGAGGAUCCAGAGCCUCAGCGAGCUGGUCCGGAGAGAAGCGACCAGAGGGUCCGGAGGGUUAGGGGGGUCCGGAACCUGGUCCAGAGGGUCUGGAACCUGGCUCCAGGACCUCCAGAGAUGGGAGAACUGGUACACCGAGGACAUGGACGGUCAGCUGGUGAUGAAGGGUAGGGAGGACCUCCGUCAGCUGUCUGUGCGUCUGUCCCUGUUGUUCCCGUCUCUCCUCUGUGAGGAGAACAUGAGGAGGAUCAGUUUGAGGAGCAGCUCUAAGCAUCGCUGUGUGAGCAGCGUGGAGGCGUUUCAGGAAGGUCUGCAGCGUCACUGGAGACGCAGAGGUCAGAGGUCAAGCUCUACUAAUACCUCACUGUAGGAGUACUCUGUUACAGUAGGAGUACUCUGUUACAGCAGUAGUGCCCUGUUACAGCAGU